UUGGUCCGUCAUCUAAAUGCCUCCGUCUUGUUCGUCGUUUUAUGCGAAGCCUUGCCAAGUAGUGUUUUCGUUUUAUUUGGUGGCUGCGUAUUAAACUAUACGUUUAAGUUAGUGUAAUUGUUAGAGAAAGGUGACUGCCUUCUGUUCACUUCUCAAUAGAGAACGAUACGUUGGUAUGAACUAGAAAUAAAGAGUUACAUUUAGCUAACUCGACGGUCGAUGUAGGGUAAAGGAGUCGGUACGGUAGCUAACUCACGAUGGCUCCGGAGACAAGCGCCUGGGCUCUCUAUCAGCAUGGAAUCUGAGGCCAACAUGCUGAUGAAGGAGUCCGUCAAGAUGAUGACUGAUAUGAUCAUUCUGUGUGCCACUCUGGCACUGUCCCUCUCCUUCUGGGUCCUCUCCCUCACCAUCAGCACCUACUACGGCACGCUGCAGCCUGUGUCACCAUGGCGCUGGUUGUUCUCCAUCUUGGUUCCCCUUGUGCUGACGAUCAGAGCAGUGAGGAGACGCAGUCUGGAUCGCUCAGGAGCCCUGGCAGCUCUCCUGGUGGGGUUUGCGUUGACAAUGGCCAACUACAGUUUCUUCUCCGCCCUGCUGGCUUUCUUCAUGUCUUCCUCAACACUGACCCGCUGGGGAGGAACAGAGAAGAAGAAAAUAGAUGCCGAGUACAAGGAAGGAGGCCAGAGGAACUGGGUCCAGGUCUUUUGUAAUGGAGGAGUUCCCACAGAGCUGGCACUGCUGUACAUGAUAGAGGUGGGCCCAGGUGAGAUCCCCAUUGACUUCGGUAAACAGUACUCUGCCUCCUGGAUGUGUCUCUCUCUAGUGGGCGCGCUCGCGUGCUGCAGCGGGGACACCUGGGCGUCAGAGGUGGGGCCUGUCCUCAGCCAAUCACAGCCUAGACUCAUCACCACCUGGAAGGAGGUCCCAGUAGGAACAAACGGAGGAGUUACUCCCGUUGGAUUGGUCGUCAGCUUCCUUGGUGGGCUCGUGGUGGGCGUGGCUUACUUUAUAUCGCAGCUUCUAUUCGUCAGUGACCUGCAUCUGGCGGAUCCCCAGUGGCCAGUGGUGGUGUACGCCGGUGUGGCGGGCCUGGUGGGAUCCAUGCUAGACUCCUUCCUGGGAGCUCACAUGCAAUACUCAGGUUUUGACUCAAGCAUCGGGAAGGUGGUGAGUUACGAGUCUGCCACCACCAAGCGUAUCUGUGGGAAACCCAUCUUAGACAACAACGCAGUUAACUUGUUCUCCUCGGUCCUCAUCGCACUAAUCCUGCCCGGGCUGGCGUGGGGGUUGUGGCCACAAUAAAGUGCUGACAGAUAAAUAACGUGGAGGACUGUUGAUUUCAGACUAACAACCUUCUGCAGUGUUUCAUACACUUAACAUUUCUGAUGGAAAGUUAAACAGUUUUAGUGAGCUGCAGAAUAAUUAAAUUUUAGAGUCCGCAGCACAGACGUCAAUAUAAAUAACAAUACAAUUGAAAGGAAUAUGUGUUCUAUGUUUCUGAAGCCAAUUGUUGAAAAGGAAA